AUGCAUCCAAGAAAGGCUGCCUUGAUGGAGAUAGAUCCAUCGAGAAUCAAGAUUAUCAAAGAGAUUACGCGCUCUGAUGCAUCUUCAAUAUUUGAGGUUGAUCUGGAUGGACAAACCUACGUAUUGAAGGUUUUCCACGACAACGGCGACCCUGGGUAUACCGAGAAAGGCCGCGAUCUGAACCGAUUUCGCUGCGAAUCAAAUGCAUACAAGAAACUCCUCGCCUCUGGUGCCUGUGAGAGCGGUUUCAUUCCAAAAUUCUACGGCUACCUCGAUCGAGUGGACCCGGUUUUAUUCCAUCCUGCCUUGCAGCAUUUCACCCACGACAAGUUACAGCCGAGCGCAAUACUGCUAGAAUACCUUCCCAAUGCAGAGAGCUUGAACUGCGUGAACUACUCGGAUGCGCUCUAUCCGCAGGCAGUUGAGGGGAUGAAGGAGAUACGCCAGGCGGGCGUUCACCACCGAGACGUCUGGCCCCGGAAUCUCCUCCUUGUCCGUGGGAACCCUGACCGGCUGGUCUGGACCGACUUUGAUGUUUCCACCACCUUUACCGACCUUGGAAGUGAGCAGCAGGCUCGCUGUGACCAUGAAUUCGCACUUGUGAAGGGGAUUGGAGAUGCAUUGAGAGAGGACCAGGCUGAAGGACUGCCCCCGAAUACGAAAUUCUAUUGAGUUUUCUAGUUUCAUGUUUCUGACAAGCGGUCUUAUAUGGAGCUGGAGAAUAUGGUGAAUUCCUAAGAGUGGGCAGUAACAGCGAGACAACAAUCUCAAUCCCACAAAAUUCCUCCUACCCAGCCUUGACAAGCAUGUCGAUUCUCUCAUUCAGCAUCUUCUGGAGCACUUGAAUUUCCAAUCUCACUCUCUCCCUUGCACCAGCUGAACAAAGGCCGGUCUGCUUCGAAAGCUGCUGGUCGAGCUCCCGCUUCAGCGCGCGUUCUGCUUCCUCCCUCUUCUCCUGCCGCUCCUUAUCCUCGGGUGUUUGAUGGAAUAUGAACAGGAGAAACAAGCGGAUAAACAAGAAUACCCCGCUGACGAUAACCACAGUAACGAUCAGGGCUGGAACCUGCCAUUCGAGGAAGUCGUGCAGCAGGUGGGGGGUCGCGACGAAGCCGAUCCGG